AUGGCUGACAAGAAGCCGAUGGAAACAAGAAAGCAAGAUGAUGAUGCCCAAAAAUUUUCAGAAAACAUGAAAUUACAGAACAGUGAUCAUGCCACCAUAAGUUUGGUGACAACCCCUUCUGAUGGAACCAAUUAUUUCACCUGGGUCAGAUCAAUCAGAUUUGCCCUUGGUGCCAGAGGAAAGGAAGGUUUCAUAGUCGGAACCUGUCCCAAACCAGAGCAAGACAAGAAUGAAAUCGUACAAUGGAGGAAAACAGAUUGUAUGGUAAUCACAUGGAUUCUUAACUCCAUUACGAAGGACAUUGCUGAGGCUUUCUUGUACACAACCUCUGCAAGAAAUGUUUGGCUUGACUUAGAAGCAAGAUUCGGCGAGAGCAAUGGGCCGCUUUUAUAUCAACUGCAAAGGGAAGUCAGCUCUUUAUCUCAAGGAAAUAAAAAUCUUGCUGCCUACUACACCAAGCUCAGGAAACUGUGGGAUGAGCAAGCAACUUUAGAUCCAUUGCCAACAUGUUCUUGCGGAGCUGGAGCAAAAUUCGCUGAAAUGCCAACUACACUCAACUUAUACAAUUUCUGA